AUGGAGCAUCCCUUUUCUGCUUCUUGUGGGCAACAACCUAUUGACCCCAUUGUCCCGCUUAAACCUGCGACCGAGAAAUCUCAAAGGGAGAGCAUCAGAACUUCCUCCCCAGAACAUGUAAGGGAAAGGCCAUUCAAGCUCAACCUGCGAAAGAGAUCUUCAUAUAAUCAAAAGCUGAAAGGGAAAGUGGCUGACUUGGAUAACGCAUCUGACGAAGGUAGUUCUGCAAAAAAAUGUUUAAACUUCAACGAAGAGAAGUCUCCUCCUCUGAACAAACCGCAAGACGCACCACCCCUAAUCCUUCCAACAAAAGAAAAGGAAAAGAGAUGGUAUGAGCAGACUCUAGAAGAAGAAGAAGAAGAAGAGACUUUGAAUCAAGAGAUAGUAAACAAACCUGACAUGCAUGUAGAGAAGACGAUGGAGACAGUGGAGGACCCAGAUGCAGAAAAGAUCCUAGAGGAUGAAGAUUGGAUGGCUAAUGAAAUUAACUAUGAUGAUGAUGAUCUGAUGAAUGAAGACGACUUGCUAAUUGAAGAUAUGGAACAUGAGGCAGCACCGAUCGUCUCUGCCAAAGCGUCGAAGCAAUCGACGACUGAUGGUCUCUCUGUUUUGGAGGAAAGCAACAAAAUUUCGGCGAAACCAAGCCCCCAUGCUCGUUCUGAUCAUCGUUCGGACGCUCGCCCUGCUCAGACGCCAUCUUCCAGCUCGCGUCCAUCUCCGGCGAAGAAGAAAAGAGGUUCUCCAAGUCCUCACGCUACUGGCAUCUCUCUCAGACAGAGGAAUAUCUUGGUGGGCCGGAUUUCAAAGCCAAAAGCUUCAAAGAAUGGGCCAAAACUCUCUCCAGCUCAUACCCAGGUGCCAAGUGAAACUGAAAAAGCAGAACCUUUUUCGAAGAACAGCAAAAAAUCAGCUAAGGUGGGAAGCAACAAACCACCAAAAAUCCCAGGAUGA